CAAAUCACACAUCAACAGUUCCAAUAAGAAGUAUUGAACAAGCUACAACAAUAAAAAUACACAAAAAUAGUUCACAAAUAAUAUUGGAUAAUAAGAUUAAAUAUCACUAUCUAGAAGUUAUACUUAAAGAUUUACUUUUGUAA